AUGUCCGUCGAGGAAGACGCCACCGUUCGGGAGCCCUUAGAUCUGAUUCGGUUAAGCAUCGAAGAGAGAAUCUACGUCAAUCUCCGAUCCGACCGUGAACUCCGCGGCAAGCUUCACGCUUUUGAUCAGCAUUUGAAUAUGAUUCUGGGUGAUGUUGAAGAGGUUAUUACGACUAUUGAAAUCGACGACGAGACUUACGAAGAGAUUGUUCGGACAACGAAGCGAACGAUUCCGUUUCUAUUUGUGAGAGGAGAUGGGGUGACAUUGGUGUCUCCGCCGUUGAGGACGACUUGA